AUGCUUUCAGAUCUAUUUACAUUUUAUAAGGAGAAGAAAGAUAAUUCUUAUAUGUUGUUUGGGAAAUAGAAUAAUAAAGAACACGCAGACAUGUUUACAACAUUUAGAACUCAAUUAAAACCUUAAUUUCGAAGCAUCAUCAAUCAUUUUCUUAAUAAGUUGUAAAUCAAAUAAAAUGCUUAAUAAUUAAUAAAGCAGAACUUGAGCAGCUUUUUUAUUUGGAAAAACCACAAAUAAGAAGUAGAAGUAUUUUAUAUAGAUGAAUCACUAACUUCAGAAAUUAAGUAUAAAAAUCAAAUUUCAGAUGAGACCUAUAAAUAAUUUUAUGAAAUCCUAUUAAGUUUAAGUAAUUUGAACAUUUAAGAUGUAUAAUAAGUGAUAAUAACAACCGCCAAUUUUUUUAAAGAAAUUGAUCAAUUGUACCAUAAUAUUGCUGUGGUCAUCUAGAAAGAAUAAAAAAAAGGUAAUAAGGACUAGUAAUUUGUAUCCUUAAAAAUUCUAACUAGAAACUCUUUCAUUUUAAGGCCAAGUGGAGAUUUGUAAUUAAUUUAUUAUAAAUAGAAUUAAAUUACCUAAAAUAAGCAAUGACAUGUAUAAUUUUAAUCACACCAACAUUUACAUAUCUACUAGAAUUCCUUUUUGUAAUCCAAUGUAGGGCGAUUUAGAUUAAAAUGUGUUUAGAUACACUGGAUCAAUAGAUAAAUAAACCUUUUUACCUAAUGGGCAAGGAGUACUGGAUAGUGAUGAAGCUUUCUAAUUUCAAUGCAAAUUUUCGGAUGGUUUGGCAACAGGAAAGGGCUGUUUAGAUUUAAAAUUCUAAAAACAAAUUUUUUAAGGCCAUUUUUAGUAUGGACUUAAACAUGGAGAAUCAAUAACUAGUAAUCCCAAUUAAACAAUAACUACUGGAUACUAUUAGAAUAAUAUGAAAUAAGGAGUAUUCGUUAAUAAAAAACAGAAUGGAUCCAAAGUGUAAGAAAUCUAUUAUAAAAAUGAUUAAAUGGUGAAAAAAAAGGAUGAAUGUAAAUUUGAUGAAAAUAUGAUCUCUACAAGAUAUUUGGUUAAUCAUAAAGAUAUCUCAAUUAAUAAUCACUUUUUUUCAGGAUUGACGGAGGAAAAAUGGAUAAAUUAAUUAUUAGUUGAUUAUUAUCUAAGCCUCUUGUCUGAUUAUUAUAAAAAUUCCUCAAAAGCAUAGAUAUAUCUAUUUAAUACAUCAUAGUCAUAAGAUUUAUUUACAAGUUAAAUCAGUUUAGUGGAUUAUAAAAGUCUAAAAUUACAAUAGAAGUAUGAGUAGGUGAUUAAUGACUACUAAAAAUAUAACAAAAUAGUAUUUAUUUUGAAUGCUGAUUAAGUGCAUUUUUUAGUUUUAGUAUACUAAAAUAAAUCAUUGUAUAUGCUUAAUUCUUAUGCAACCUAAAAUGAUUAAAAAAUAUUAUCGGCUGUAGGUUCUAUAUUUCCUAUCUAACUGAAGUUAUAAUAGAUUUAGGUUGAAUAGCAAUAGAAUACUUAUGACUGUUCUUUGUAUUCAAUUUAUAAUGUGAUGCUGUAAUACAAAUAUUAUAAUGUGGACGUUGAUAAAAUUGAUUAUAAAGUCUCAUACAAGUACAUUAAAAAACUGAGAUUACAUCUGAAAAAUAUUAUAAGUAAUGAUUAUGCCCACAUAAUCCUUCAUUAAGAUUGA